AUGGCUAUGGCUAGUCUACCUUCUAGUGAUUCUCUUGCCAAUGCCUAUGAUGAAAAUCUUGAAAUAUUCAGUAUUAUCUGGCUUGACAAAAAUGUUCACUCUGAAGAGAAUCAAGAUAAACAACAAAAACUGCGUUCUAUCAUCAAUCAUCUCAAAACAUUUCAAGAUGGAGAAGAAUGUAAACAAUACAUAGAACGAAGGCCAAUACACAAUCGAGUAAUCCUCAUUGCUAGCGGUCAGUUGGGUCGACAAGUGGUACAUUUCAUUCAUAAACUUCGACAAGUCUCGGCAAUCUAUAUUAAUUCUACAGACAAGGAGAACGAUGAACAAUGGGCAAAGGAGUUC